CCUUUCUUUUCCAACAUGGCUGGGGAACGUGACGAGAAGACUACACAGUCGAAAGGACCCCUGCAGUCUGUCCAAGUAUUUGGACGCAAGAAAACUUCCACAGCUGUUGCUCACUGCAAGCGUGGAAAUGGCCUGAUCAAGGUGAACGGUCGUCCCCUUGAACAACUUGAGCCACAGAUCUUGAGGGCUAAGCUCCAAGAGCCUGUGCUGCUCCUCGGCAAAGAAAGAUUUGCCGGUGUUGAUAUCCGUGUCCGUGUCCGAGGUGGAGGUCAUGUGGCACAGAUCUAUGCCAUCAGACAAGCCAUCUCCAAGUCUCUUGUUGCAUACUACCAGAAGUAUGUAGAUGAAGCUUCAAAGAAGGAAAUCAAGGACAUCCUGAUCCAGUACGACAGAACACUGCUUGUUGCUGACCCCAGACGCUGCGAGCCCAAAAAGUUUGGUGGACCUGGUGCCCGUGCCAGAUACCAGAAGUCCUACCGUUAAGUCUGUAUCAUGUGAUAAUAAACUCUGGGGACGUAA